UUAUAUCAAGAUCAGGUUUAAUGGAAACAAACAUGGAACACUCUCUAUUAAAAGACAUGAUCAUCAAAUGUAGAUACAGAUACUUGAAGCUGAAGGAUCUUGAACUUCCAGAGCUGUUAACACGCUUGGGUCAAACUGUAAAGGAGAACAAUGGAGAGCAUGUGAGCUGUGAUGUAUUUAAGGACACAACAUCUACUUUACCAGGUGAUCAUCAAAGUCUAAAACAAAAGAAAAAACAGACUUCUUUAACAGAUGCUGUUAAAGCUGUUGGGCUGCAUGUGGUUAACAAAUUCCAUGAAUUCUCAGGGAAACCCCCUGUGUCUCACACAUUGGCAUUCAGGAUUGUGCUUCUGGGAAAAAGUGAGGACAAACAGAAAAAGCUUUGUAACUUCAUCAGGGACAAAGGUCCUUAUCACCAAAUAACUUCCCCAACCAGUCAAUCUGUGGCCUCCGUUGGAGAGUGGAGAGGAAAACCAUUAAUAGUAGUAAAAACUCCAAAUGUAUUCGGUCUGUCUGUGGAGAACGUGAGAAGAGAACUAAAGAGCUGUGUGACUCUCUGUUCACCUGGACCAAAUGUCCUGCUGCUGUUAGUAAAGCCUUCUGAGUUCACUGAGGAGAACAGACAAACACUGAAAUUCAUCCUGAGUUUGUUUGGUCAAGAAGCCUUUCAACACUCAAUGGUCAUCGUGACACAUGAGGAGAAUGAAAUGAGUGUCUGUGUUAAUGAGCUCCUUAAAGACUGUGGAGGAAGACACUAUACCAUGAAGUCUACACCACAGUCUGAAGUUGACCAAAGAUCAUUAAUGGAGACGAUUGAGAGCAUUGUGCAUGAAAACAAAGGGACCUUCCUCACCUUCACUGAAGAGACCAUCAGACCAACAUCUGGACACAUCAGACCAGCUUUAAACCUGGUUCUGUUUGGGAGGAGAGGAGCAGGGAAGACUUCAGCAGCCAAGGCAAUUUUAGGACAGACAGAGUUUCAUUCAGUCUCCAACCCAUCAGAGUGUGUUAAACAUCAGGGAGAGGUGUGUGGACGUCGGGUGUCCCUGGUGGAGCUGCCUGCCUUGUAUGGAGAAGGUCAGGAGAAAGUGAUGGAGGAAUCAUUCAGGUGUAUCUCCCUCUGUGAUCCUGAGGGAGUCCAUGCCUUCAUCUUGGUCCUACCUGUGGGUCCCCUCACUGAUGAAGACAAGGGAGAGUUAGAGACCAUCCAGAACACUUUCAGCUCUCGAGUCAAUGACUUCACCAUGAUUCUGUUCACUGAGUCAGAUCCUACAGCUCCAGAUGUUGUUGAUUUUCUUAAGGAAAACAAGGACAUCCAGAAGCUCCGUCAGAGCUGUGGAGGACGAUAUGUUGUUCUCAACAUCAAGGACCAGCAGCAGAUCCCAGAGCUGUUGGAUGCUGUGGAAAAGACGAGAGUUGAAGGAUCCAGAUGUUUCACAAUGAAGAUGUUUACCAAGGCUCAGGUAGAGAAGUUUGAAGAGCAGGAGAACACUAAUACAAGACUUAAAGCUGAACUGAGGGAUUUAAAACAUAAAAGUAAUAUAGGAACUGAUGACACCAUUCAGAGCAGAGAGUUUCUCAGAAUAGUGCUGAUUGGAAAAACUGGCAGUGGGAAGAGUGCAACUGGAAACACCAUUCUGGGCAAAGAAUAUUUUACGUCUACUAUCAGCUCAAAGUCUGUGACCAAGUUUUGCCAGAAAGCAACAGGAGAGAUUGAUGGGCGAUCUGUUGCUGUGGUCGACACCCCCGGCUUGUUUGACACAACGCUGUCCAAUGAUGACGUUCAACACGAACUUGUUAAAUGCAUCAGCAUGUUGUCUCCUGGACCUCAUGUGUUCUUACUGGUGCUGCAGAUCGGUCGUUUCACACAAGAGGAAAAAGACUCUGUGGAACUGAUCAAGAAAUAUUUUGGCAAGAAUUCAGGAGAUUUCAUCAUCAUUAUAUUCACCAGAGGAGAUGAUCUGAAAAGCAAAACAAUUGAGAGUUUCAUAGAAGACUCUGAGGACUUUUUGAAAAAACUGAUACAUGACUGUGGAGGAAGAUACCAGGUCUUCAAUAACAACAAUCAAACAGAUCGGAAUCAAGUCAGAGAGCUGCUGAAGAAGUCCAACAAAAUGCUGAAGGAAAAUGGCGGCAACUGCUACACCUCAGAAAUGUUCCAAGAGGCCGAGGCAGCAAUACAGAAGGAAGUGGACAGGAUCAUGAAAGAGAAAGAAGAAGAAAUGCAGAGAGAGAGGGUGGAGCUCCAGAGAAAACAUGAGGAGGAAAUGGAAGAAGUGAAGAGAAGGAUGAAACAACAGAAAGCAGAAAUUGAACAAGAGAGAGCCAAACAACUUAAAGAAAUGGAGGAAAACAUCAGCAAGGAGCGUGAGGGGAGAAAGAAAGAACAGGAAAUGAGAGAAGAAGAGGACAGGAAGAGGAAAAAGCAGGAGGAACAUCAACGACAGGACUGGGAGCAAAAACUUGACAGAGAGUUGGAGCAGAGUAAAGAAGAGAUGAGAAAGCAAAAAGAGGACUGGGAGAAUGAAAGAAAAGAAUGGUGGGACAAACAGUAUCGAGAAAAUGAAAAGAGACGAAAUGAGGAGCAAACAAGACUUAAAAAGCUUGAAGAAGAAUUCGAACAGGAAAGAGAAAAACAUGAAAAGAAAAGAAAAGAAGAAGAU